AUGAAGGAGUCAAAUGUUGGUCGUAUCGCAUUUGGUAUCUCUAUUGCUUUAACGAUGGUUUUCACUCUCAUUUCUCUUCUUACUCCCGCCUGGAGAACAUUUGGAAAAAAGCGUGAAACAUUGGGUCAAGGCCCAGCUGUACCAGCUUCUAUUGGUCUCUUCCGAUAUCAGUGCUUUGGAGAUUUAGGAAAAGAAGAUGGUGAAAUAAGUAAUGAAAAGAGGCCAGAUGUCGAUUUUUGUAAUUACAUUUUCGACAAUCGUGCAUCGUGGGAUAUCACAGUACUUUAUACAUUAAUAUCAUCUUUGGCUGUCGAAUUAAUUGCUAUCUUAUAUUUAUUUCUACCGCGAGCAUUUUGUUGUGAACAUUAUGAACAUAUGGCAGCACCAUUUAGUGGUUUUGCGGCUAUCAUAUUUAUGCUGUUAUUUUAUGGUGUGAUUACUUAUGCGGAACGAUAUUCUGAAAUUUCAAAUUUACUUAAGGCUUUCUCAGAAACGGAAGGACACAAUGAAUUACAUCCAUCAAUGAUUAUUAUUGGCCUUGGUUACAGUUACUAUUUAUUAUGCAUUGCUCUUGUUUUUUCUUUUUUAUCACUUAUCAUUGGUGUGCUUAAUGUUACCUUAGCUUGGUGUUUUCUUUGGUAG